CACCAGAUUUACGCUUUGAGACGUCACUGCUCGUCUUUAUUUUGAAAAUAAUAAUAAUAAGAAAAAAAAGAAAAAGCAAUCGCCGUGUGUUCUCUGCAAUUCGCUCGAGAAGCCCACAGCAGUGCAUCCCUCCAGUCUGCGGCACAUGUUGUAGCCGAUUUCGUAUAUGAGUUUUUCAAUUUGCGUGGCUCAGUGCACAGACUCUUUAGCGGCUACUAUGGACGAUCAAGCCCGGAUCAUGCAGUCGAUCGGCGGGGUCAGUCUGUCCGGCCACUCGGUACAAGGAGGCAUGGCACUGCCGCCUCCGCAUGGACACGACGGGACGGACGGAGACGGAAGAAAGCAAGACAUUGGUGACAUUCUCCAUCAAAUAAUGACCAUAACUGAUCAGAGUCUGGACGAGGCGCAAGCAAAAAACAGGAAACAUGGACUGAACUGUCACAGAAUGAAACCAGCACUCUUCAGCGUUCUCUGUGAAAUCAAAGAAAAGACAGGUCUCAGCAUCCGCGGCGCCCAGGAGGAGGACCCGCCGGAUCCCCAGCUCAUGCGCUUAGAUAACAUGCUGUUGGCGGAGGGCGUGGCGGGACCGGAGAAAGGGGGCGGAUCGGCUGCAGCCGCCGCCGCAGCCGCCGCCUCGGGCGGGGCCGGCGACAACUCCAUCGAACAUUCCGACUACAGAGCCAAACUCACCCAGAUCAGGCAGAUCUACCACACGGAGCUGGAGAAAUAUGAACAGGCGUGCAACGAAUUCACCACACACGUGAUGAACCUGCUGAGGGAACAGUCUCGCACGCGGCCCAUCUCGCCUAAAGAGAUCGAGCGCAUGGUGGGAAUCAUCCACCGCAAGUUCAGCUCCAUCCAGAUGCAGCUGAAACAGAGCACCUGUGAGGCUGUCAUGAUCCUGCGCUCCAGAUUCCUUGAUGCCAGGCGGAAAAGGCGAAACUUCAGCAAGCAGGCGACGGAAAUCUUGAACGAAUACUUCUACUCGCACCUCAGCAACCCGUAUCCCAGCGAGGAGGCGAAGGAGGAGCUGGCGAAGAAGUGCAGCAUCACCGUUUCCCAGGGGGUGGGAAGCACCAUCACAGUAUCACAGGUAUCCAACUGGUUUGGCAACAAGAGGAUCCGGUACAAGAAAAAUAUCGGCAAGUUUCAGGAAGAAGCCAACUUGUAUGCUGCCAAGACUGCUGUAAAUGCAGCACAGGCUGCGGCCGCUGCAGUGCAGAACAGCCAGGCCAACUCACCUACCACACCUAACUCCGGAUUCCAGAUGAAAGAUGAAGAUUUUCAGCUGGAUUCCGCAGAGAGCAAAAACACUCUUUUAAGCAACAUGUUUACUGGUUCUUCAGGUUCUUUUAACCUCCCAAACUCUGGGGACAUGUUCUUGAGCAUGCAGAGUCUGAAUGGGGAUUCUUACCAAGGGGCACAAGUCGGAGCCAAUGUACAGUCACAGGUGGAUACCCUGCGCCAUGUUAUCAGUCAGACGGCAGGAUACAAUGAUGCUCUCCGGGGAAACACAAUGUACAGUCCACAUGGCUUAAAUGCUAACGGGGGAUGGCAGGAUGCGACGACUCCGUCUUCUGUGAUAUCCCCGACAGAAGGACCUGGAAGUGUGCACUCCGAUACCUCGAACUGAUCCAUUAUCAAUGCAUCGUCUCGUCAGAGCCGGGCAUGGACUCUUUUCAACCGGCUGAACCGACUACAACAGGAUUAAAAAAAAAAAAGAAAGGAAGAAGAAGAAAAACAACAAAAAAAAAACCACACAGAUUUGUUUUCUCGUUGUUCAUCACCAACGCCGAGCGUUUCCCUCACUGUUCACCGUUUCCUUUUCCGCCCUUGAUUAAUCAACCGUAAUCACGAAUAACAAAUAGCCCCUCCGACGUUUGCUCGGUAAACUUUCAGGAUAAUUAUCUGCUCUCGACUCAAAACACCGGAUGACACCCCGUGUAUUUAACGUGACAUUUUAAAUGCCCAUUUGUUUGAUUCUUGAUUUAAUUACCGCUCUCCAUUUUGAUAAUUGGCUCCCCCCCCACCCCCGCCCCACCCCCGCCGGUUCUGUCCGUAGCAGACAUAGAUUUAAAGCAGCUGUUUCUUUGACUGUAAUGUGUUUGCAAUCUUGUCCGGCGACGCAACAAUGCUACCGUUGACAGCUCAAUGGCAGCUUUGUAGUUUCUUUCUGAGAUUUAUUCUCGCCUUACAGCCGUGUACAUUAGCACGAGAGAAUGACUAUUCAAACAUCCGGAACAUAAAGAAGUGUAAUUGAUUGCUUGACUAUACCAUGACAACCGUUCCAUAUUUUAUAAUUCGAUGUUUAGUAUGUACAUAUGUAAACAUUUUUUUGUACUACUUAUGGAAAUCAACAAAUCCCCCCCCCCCACACACACAGUAGAUCAUUAUUUCAUGGCCCCUCCCCUUCCAUUACACAGGAAAAGUUGUAUAUAAUAUAGCUAAAGAGUAAUUAUACAUCCGACCCAUCAAUCCACGGCUUUGUUACCUCAUUCAAAUUCAUAAGAACCAAUAAUUUCCAACUUUUCUGUAGCUUAGAGUGCUCACUUACUACCUCUAUACCACAUACCGCCACCAUUGCUUUUCUUUUGCCUGUAUUUAAUGUUCCCACGUCCCUUUUUCUUUCUUUUUUUUUGACGACAUCUUGUAACACUGUAAACUCUCCAUCCUCUAUGUAAUCUAAUGUAUAUUUUAAUCUUUUAAUAAAACGGGGUUGCUGCGCUGCGACUGAAAAAAAUGACAAAAAAUACGAAAAGAAUGAAAAAGUGAUGACGAUAUUGGUG